AUGUCAUUUACUAAACAAAACAAUAAUCAAACGGAAAACAAACCUGACAGCGGGAUAGUUAACACCAUUGCUAACUAUUUACCGGUCUUAACCCUGGUCUUUGAACAAAUGACUGGCCAAUCUAUCCCCCAAGCCAAAGGCACCCUCGCGGAUAUCCUCACGGCCUUACAAAGAUUAGAAAACAAAGUUGAUGACUUAGAAAAAAAUUGUGCCGAACAAUUUAUUAGUCAAGAAAAACAACUCACUUCUUUACAACAAAUCAGUAAAUUAGUCAGCACCGAAAAAACUAAAGCCAUCCAUUUUACUAAUCCCAAACAAAUAACUGAAAUCGAAGAAAAUGUUUAA